AUGGCGACUGGAACGGGAACAUUCAAUGAUUGUUCCUUUGUGUUCAAAUAUACAGAUGCAACCCUAAACAUUGUUAGCGCCAAUGUUGAUUGUCUGAAAGAUCUAAAAAUAUUCGUACCAGAUGCUGUUAUUAUGGGCAAUGCUGCAACGCUGUCGUGUCAGUAUGACCUGGAACAGGCGGCGUUAUAUUCAGUGCGUUGGUAUUUUGGUACCGAGGAAUUCUAUCGCUACGUGCCAAAAGAGUCACCUCCGACACUGGUCUUUCCGGUGUCUGGCAUCAAUGUCGAUCUCUCAAAUUCAGAUGCAACCUCAGUCACCUUGAAAGGCGUUACACGCGAAUUGACGGGCAGUUAUCAAUGUGAAGUUUCCGAAGAUGCCCCUCUCUUCCACACAGACAUCCGAUCGGCUCAUAUGCAGGUCAUUGAAUUACCAAAAGACGAUCCCACCAUGCAGGUUGAAAAGAAAACAAUAACCGCCAACGAUUACUUUAAGGCUGUCUGCACAAUUGGGCCUUCGUAUCCUGCAGCAAACAUAACGUGGUACAUAAAUGGCAGAAAGGUCUAUAAAACACCAUUUCAACGGAUUACACAAACGACCAGCGAAGGUUCCGGCACUGUGUCAUCCCUGGAUAUUUAUCCCCACAGUCAGGUGCUGCAGGGAUUCUUCCAAGCCAUGCCAAAAUAUCAAACCAGUAUACUGCUGCUGUGCGAGGUCUCUAUUCUGCACGUCUUUCAUAAAAAUGUGCAGAACCGUAUAUACCUCAGCAUUGGACCACCAACAACUAUUUCGCCAAAUCUUUUGGGUCUUGAGGGCUCGAAACGCAUGAAUGGGGACCCGGACAAUUCUGCAUUGACCGGCACUGGGUCGAAAUGUACACCAUCGUUCUUGCCACUGGCACUGAUCAUAGGAUUCCUCCUGAGAUAUAUUGUGCUUUGCAGAGGGAGAAGUUCUGGUCUUUGUGUAGCGCCCGUGAUAUCAGCACGACAAUACCUUCAACUGUGA